AUGGAUGCUAAGUAUGGAUAUGUGAAUGCACGACUGGAGAAGGAAACACCAAUAUUUAACAAGCAAAGGAUUGAUUUUGCUCCUCCAGAGAAAAUUAACAGCUUAGUAGUCUCCUCUAACCAGCUCUGUAUGAGCCUUGGCAAAGACACCCUUCUCAGGAUUGAUCUUGGGAAGCCAGAUGAACCUAAUCAGGUAGAGCUGGGACGCAAAGAUGAAGCCAAAGUCUACAAGAUGUUUUUGGACCACACAGGCUCUCAUCUCCUGGUUGCUCUGAACACCAGCGAAUGCCUUUACCUGAACAGAAGCGUUCAGAAAGUGCGAGCACUCUCCCGCUGGAAAGGCCACUUGAUUGAAAGUGUUGGCUGGAACAAAUUUCUUGGUUCAGAGACCAACACUGGGCCUAUACUGGUGGGGACAGCCCAGGGGCAGAUCUAUGAGGCUGAAAUCUCUGUCAGCGAGGGAAGCCUCUUCAGCACUAAUCCUGACCAGUACUUCCGACAGGUCUACACUCUGGAGGAGGAGUCAGGACCUGCCCCAGUCUGCUGCUUGGAGAUUGAACGAGGGAUAGAAGGGAAAUUUUUUAUUAUAGCCACCACUCGAAAGAGACUCUUCCAGUUUGUUGGCAAAGUGCCUGAAGGGACAGAGCAGCAAGGCUUCAGCUCUAUAUUUGCUAUGCAUGCUGACCAUUUGCCCAGCUUCCGGGAGUUUCCGGCCAACCUUGGUUUUAGUGAAAUAGCCCUUUACACCCCAAAACUGCGCUCCUACCCACACACCUUUGCCUGGAUGAUGGGAAAUGGUGUUUUAUAUGGUACAUUGGAUUUUAGCCGUCCUGAUUCGAUUUUGAGUGAUGAACGGGUUUGGGUUUAUCCUUCUGAUAUUGACAUAACUGUGAACAAGCCAAUAUCCAUUGUACUUACCCAAUUCCACUUCCUGUUGCUGCUGCCUGAUCGGGUGAAGGCUGUAUGCACUCUGAAUGGGCAGGUUGUUUUUCAAGAUCUGUUCCUGGAGAAGUUUGGCUUACUGACAUGUAUGAUCAAAGAUCCCACAGUCCAGCAAAUAUGGAUCCACACUGAGAAAGUAGUGUUCCGCUACCACGUCCAGCGGGAAUCUAGAGAUGUGUGGAAGAUGUACAUGAAUAUGAACAAGUUUGAUUUAGCCAAAGAGUAUUGUAAAGACCGUCCAGAGUGCCUAGAUAUUGUGCUGGCAAAAGAGGCAGAGCACUGCUUCCAAAACAAGAGGUAUCUAGACAGUGCCAAAUGCUAUGCACUGACCCAGAAUUACUUUGAGGAGAUUGCCCUUAAGUUCAUUGAAGCCAAGCAAGAAGAGGCCCUGAUGGAAUUUCUGAUUAAGAAGCUAAGUAACCUAAAGCCUUCUGAGAAGACACAGACGACUCUGCUGACCACAUGGUUAACGGAGCUGUACCUGAACUGGCUAGGUAUAUUGGAAGGAGAUCCCUCACAGCGAAAUCUCUAUUUGGAUACACGAGAGAAGUUUCGCACUUUCCUGAGCAGUCCUAAAAACAAGGACUGUCUAUUUAAUAACCGGGCGUCUAUUUAUGAGCUGUUGGCAAGCCACGGGGACACAGAACACAUGGUCUACUUUGCAGUCAUCAUGCAGGACUAUGAGCGUGUAGUAGCUCACCACUGCCAGCAUGAUGAGUACGAUGAAGCUCUAAAUGUGCUGUCCAGGCACAGAGAUGAGAAGCUGUUCUACAAGUUUUCUCCAGUCCUCAUCCAGCAUAUUCCCAAGAAGGUAGUUGAUGCUUGGAUUUCUAUGGGCUCUAGACUGGAUGCCAGGAACCUCAUUCCAGCCCUUGUUAACUAUAGCCAGAGUGCUAGCACCCAGCAGAUCAAUGAAGCCAUUAGAUAUAUGGAGUUCUGUGUCUAUCAGUUGGAGGAAACCCAGCAAGCAAUUCACAACUACCUGUUGUCUCUUUAUGCUUUGUGUCGGCCGGACUCGCUGCUAUCAUACCUGGAGCAGGCAGGAACCAACCCAAACAGGAUCCACUAUGACCUGAAGUAUGCGUUGCGCCUGUGUGCAGAGCAUGGGCACCACCAUGCAUGUGUCCAUAUUUACAAAGUGAUGGAAUUAUAUGAGGAGGCCGUGGAUCUUGCCUUACAGGUGGAUGUUGAUCUUGCCAAGUCUUGUGCAGACCUCCCUGAAGAUGAUGAGGAACUCCGGAAGAAGCUCUGGUUGAAGAUUGCUUGCCAUGUUGUUCAGGAAGAGAAGGAUGUCAAGAAGGCAAUGGCCUGCCUCUCCAGCUGUGCCCUGCUGAAGAUUGAAGAUGUCCUGCCAUUCUUUCCAGACUUUGUCACUAUUGACCAUUUCAAGGAGGCAAUCUGUAACUCCCUGGAGGACUACAACAAGCACAUUGAGGAGCUGAAAAGGGAGAUGGAGGAAGCCACACAGAGUGCCAAGAGAAUCCGAGAGGACAUCCAGGAAAUGAGAAAUAAGUAUGGCUCUGUGGAGCCUCAGGAAAAGUGUGCUGCUUGUGACUUUCCACUUCUAAACCGCCCUUUUUACCUUUUCCUCUGUGGUCAUAUGUUUCACUAUGACUGUCUCCUCCAGGCAGUUUUCCCAAACCUUCCUGCCUAUAAGCAGGCAAAACUUGAAGAUCUUCAGAAGAAGUUGGCAGCUACCAGUCAGCCUUCCAAGAGCCACCAUCGUCCCAAGGAUGCAGAUACCAUUAGCUUGGGGAAGGGGCAGCCAAGCCGGGAACAGAUCAAAGCUGACAUUGAUGAUAUUGUAGCAGCUGAAUGUGUGUACUGUGGUGAGCUGAUGAUCCGGUCCAUUGACAAGCCUUUUAUUGAUCCCCAAAAGUAUGAAGAGGAGAUGCAAAGCUGGCUGUAGUUUUCCAAAUCUGCAACUGUCCAUGCAGCAGCAUGGUUUUGUUCACAACUUGUGAAGCUUCUGUGGUGGGAAUAUAACCUCCAGAAGCAGGAACACAGUGGCUUCUGUGGAACUCUGAGGAAAGAGCAGUGGGGUCUUGUUUUCAGGAUUACAGGGAGCUAGUCUUGAAAUAUGGGGAGAUAUAGUUAUGGCUGUCUAAGAACUUGAACAAUAGUUAGAGCUAACCUACUGGAAUAUAUUUAGCAGAUGUUUGCUGCUUGCAGUUCUUCUGAGGUUCUCAGUGUGAAGCUAAUGGUGUGCCUUGUUGUCCAGAAGAAAUUUGGAACAGCCUGUGAUUUGUCUUCCCUGUUGUGUGGUAUUUAUUUUGGUGAAGACAAGCUUAAAGGGAAAGGUAGCAAAGGACACUAAGCAGUGUAGUCUUCAUUUGCCACUUUCAAAGCUAGAAUUACCUUCUGUUUCCUUUUUGCAGAGAGUCUGUAACCACAUA